AACAAAUUAUACAAAUAUGUCGGAUAAUAUUGAAAAUACAUUACAACUAUAUUGUGUUGUUUGUGGCGAUAAAUCUAAUGGCUAUCAUUUUGAUGUUCAAAGUUGUAACUCUUGUAAAGCAUUUUUCCGACGCAAUGCACUUAAAUAUCAGGACCGUUUGCGCUGCUAUUUUGGUGGCAAAUGUACGGUAGAUAUCGAUAGCCGAACCCAUUGCCGAAAAUGUCGUUUAGAUAAAUGUUUUUCAAUGGGAAUGAAAACUAAUUUGUUUUAUACUGACGAUGAAAAUCAGGUCAGAAGAGCUAUAGUUCGGGAAAACAGGAAACGAAAACUUGUGGCCAAAGUUGACGACAACGACGACAAUAACGACAACAGUUGGCCGACGCCGACGCCCGUCAAUCGGCGAUCGGAAAUCAUCGGCGAUUAUAGUCAACAACAGUUGCCAUCAUCGGUGAUAACAACAACAAACUCGGAAACAAUAGACCGAAACAACAAAUCGCAGACAACUAUCGGCAAUGAUAUGCUGUCCACCGAUGAUGACGACAACGAUGACGACGAGGACGACAACAACUCUAUUGAUUCGGAACUAACGAUUAAGUUAUUGUCACCGCAGUCGCCGACGCCGACGCCGACACUAGUAAUGGUUGCCGAUUACGGUGCCACUGUUGAUGGUGGCCACUGUUUUACCGACGGCCAGUCCCAGCGAUUUCGUCAACUAUUAGAUUCAAUGAAUUGUCUGCAAACUACUGGCCACUAUAGCCGUCAAUUACGUAUGACUUGUAUCCAUGAGUCUAUACAUAUACAGACCCAAAAGUUUUCAAACGAUUUGCCAAAAUACGUACAAAUGGCCAAAUCGUUGGACCAGUUUCGGGAUGAUCUCGAAGAAUCGGAUCAAUUAAUUUUGAUUAAAUAUUCUGCAUUGGAGUUAGUGGUGUUAAGAAAUAUAUUGAAUUUUAAUUUUGAACAUCUCUACUGGAAUAUUAUACAUGAAAACACAUCGUAUAUAAUAAAUCUGGAUUUAUAUAAACAAAUAUCCGAAGACCCGGACAUUGGCGGUCCGUAUACUUUGCAUAAAACAUUUUUAACCGAAAUGGGUAUCGAUUGGGAUUUCGACAAAUUAAUCAUUUAUUUAUUAACACCAAUAUUACUAUUUAAUCCGAAUCGACCAAAAUUAUUAAAUAGAGAUCAUAUCGAAAAACAGCGUGAAUUUUAUAAACAAUUAUUGAAAUGCUAUUUGAAUUGUAAAUAUCAAUCUGUAUUACUAUCCGAUGCUAAACUCGACCGUCUAUUGGAUAGUUUGAAACAUUUGACUAUUUUAAGCAACCGGGUCGCCUAUUUCUCUAAAUUUGCAAACAAUUUCAAUUAUAUACAGUUUCCGGAAAUAUUUCAGGAAAUUGUUACACGAGAUGAUUAA